CGGCGUCAUUUCAGCACAUUUUGCAGGCUCCCCUUCGGAGCGCAGCUGGCUUGCUUGAACUUGAUGGCCGUGCGCGUCCACGCGGGGCCCGCUCGCCCGGACGAGUCACGUGACCGCGAGAGGACGCGCAAAAGGCAGGGGCGCGCAGCGCGCAUGCGCCUCGCCGCCACUUGACUUUUCCGCACGGGGCCGCCUUCCUCCCUCUUGUUGUUUCUCUGUGUGCAAAGCUUCUCAUCACGUUCAACCGAAAUGAAGUCUCCAAUUCAAUUAGGACAAGCCCGGCCCACUUUUGGGUGCCCCCCACCCCCGUCCCCACCCGUGCAUGCUGGGACCCUCCUUAAGUUGUGUCGCGCCGCAGCUGUCUGCUGCACUGAGCCGCCUGGCGCCAUCCGGAAAGAAUGCCUUCAGUGUAAGAGAGAGGGAGGCGGGCAGAGAGAGAGAGAGAGAGAGAGAGGGGGGGGGGGGUGAGAUAGGGGGAGAGAGAGAAGGAGGAGGCAGGCAGGCAGGCCCGAGUGGGUGCAACACGCCGCUCGGGUGCGUUCUGGUCACUCUGAAGCACGCGAACCUGUUGAGUGCACGUCACCUCGUCACCUCUGCGUUCAUCUCCAAACCAACAACAAGAAGACUCCAGUAGUCAAAAUCAACCGUAAGAACAGAAACAAAGAAAAAAAAGGGAGGGGGGAAGGAGCGAAAAAGCAGCAAGAGCCUGACGAAUUUCCGGCCGAGUUGAGGAGAUCUCCUCGCGCAAGGCGCCUUCUCCAUGUCGGACGUUUCGCCUCCUUCCGUGCGCCUCACGCGGGCCGGGCCGCGCGUUAACCGCCUCUGUGUAUGUGCGCAGGUGGGACCGCGGUGGAUUUAACCUGAGGCGGGCGAGAGAAAGCAGGAUUCGGGCACCUUGCCCCCAAGCGCGCGGACAUUUGAGGGUGGGGGGCGGGCGGACGAACGAACGAACGGACGGACCCGAGAAGAGUAGCGCCGAGGCGCCAUGGAAGUAAGCGCCGAGCAGCCCCGCUGGAUGAGCCACCCGCACCCGGCCGUGCUGAACGAGCAGCACCCCGCCUCGCACCACCCGGGCCUGGGCCACUCCUACAUGGACCAGUACCCGCUGGCCGACGAUGUGGAUGUACUCUUUAACAUCGACGCCCAGGGCAACCACGUCUCGCCCUACUACGGCAACUCGGUGCGGGCCGUCCAGAGGUACCCGCCGCCCCCGCACAGCAGCCAGGUGUGCCGACCGUCGCUGCUGCACGGCUCGCUGCCGUGGCUGGAGGCGGCGGGCGGCAAAGGGAUCGGCGCGCACCACGGCGCGUCCCCGUGGAACCUGAGCCCCUUCCCCAAGAACCCGCUGCACCACCACCACCACCACCACCACCACCACGGCUCCCCGGCCGGCCUGUCCGUCUACCCGCCGGCCUCGUCGUCGUCGUCGACGACGCCGUCGUCGUCGUCGUCCUCGUCGUCGCUGUCCGGCGGCCACUCCAGCCCGCACUUGUUCUCCUUCCCGCCCACCCCGCCCAAGGACGUGUCCCCGGACCCGGGCAUGUCCACGCCGGGCUCCGGCGGGGGCGGCGGCCAGCGCCCCGAGGACAAGGAGUGCGUCAAGUACCAGGUGACGCUGGCCGACAGCAUGAAAAUGGAGACGGCGCACGGGCGCGGGGUGCAGGCGGCGGCGGCGGCGGCGGCCGCGGCGGCGGCGGCUGCGGCGGCGGCGGCGCUGGGGCCCGGCCCCCCCGGCGCCUCGGCGGCGGCGGCCCACCACCCCAUCGCCACUUACCCAUCCUAUGUCCCCGAUUACGGGCCAGGCCUCUUCCCACCAAGUAGCCUGAUAGGUGGGUCCUCUUCUACUUAUGGUUCCAAAACAAGACCAAAAACAAGGUCGUGUUCAGAGGGCCGGGAGUGCGUCAACUGCGGCGCCACGUCGACCCCGCUGUGGCGGCGGGACGGUACGGGCCACUAUCUGUGUAACGCCUGCGGCCUGUACCACAAGAUGAACGGCCAGAACAGGCCCCUCAUCAAGCCCAAGCGGCGGCUGUCGGCGGCCAGGCGCGCCGGCACGUCGUGCGCCAACUGCCAGACGACCACCACCACGCUGUGGAGGCGGAACGCCAACGGCGACCCCGUGUGCAACGCCUGCGGACUCUACUUCAAGCUGCACAAUAUCAACCGACCUCUGACCAUGAAGAAGGAAGGCAUCCAGACGCGCAACCGCAAAAUGUCCAGCAAGUCCAAGAAGAGCAAAAAGUCGGCGCAGGACGGCGCCAUGGACGACUUCUCCAAGAGCCUGAUGGACAAGAGCGCCUCCUUCAGCCCGGCCAGCCUCUCGCGCCACAUGUCCUCCUUCCCGCCCUUCUCGCACUCGGGCCACAUGCUCAGCACCCCCACGCCCAUGCACCCCUCCUUCGCGCCCCACCACCCGUCCAGCAUGGUGACGGCCAUGGGCUAGACGCGCCGCUCCGCCCCCCCCCACCCCCCUGUCGCCCCGCCCUCCCCCGCUUCACUUGAAACGCAUGGCGGCCACCGGACGCUUUCCUGCUUGUCCCGGACACGUCACCUUCCAUCCAAAAGGUUUCUUUGCUUUGAAAUGUGAGCCCUGGAGUUGAGGGGGGUGGGGGUGGGGGGGACCCUGUCCAUCGGGUCAAGUUGGGUCUCGAGAGUAGGUUUCGCCCUCCUGGGCAAAGGUACUAGUCCGGAAGGGGGUCCCCAGAUGAGACUUUACCGCAGAGAGAAGCCUGGAGUCCAGAGACCAGACCCCCCCCCUGCGGAGAGAUUUAAGUCCCAAGAGUCGCGACAGAUUUCGUCCUGACAGAAGGUAGUCAAGGUCUCGUCCCACGUGGAGCUUUUGGUCCUGAAUGACGGUACGUACACACCAGUGAGCUGGCAAAAUGGCUUGGCGGGGGGCAGGCUCAAUGUCAGUUUGUGUCCAAAAUGGGGGGGGCCUCAAUGUUUCCAAGUCAAGAAGCCUUUUGGAUUCACGCCCCAAAACGUUUUACGGACUGCCGUGACUCGGACCACUUGAGAAACUCCACCCACAUUUUGGCUGCAUCUUAUUUUUCUAAAAUCGGAAGGGGGGCGAACUAACUCCCAACUGCUCGGACAUUUGAGUCGUCUUCGGAUCAGGAUUUUCCAUUUGCGCACAACCCCCCCCACUCCCCCCCCCCCCCAAACAUCCAAAAAACUCCUGGCUGGUCACGCACCUGUUAAACAGGAGGCUUGUAAAAAUUGUAUGAAAUACAUCUAACAUGGAAAAAAAACAAAAAAACGGGACACUGCAAGAAGGCGACGACGCAGGCAGGCCGCAAGAUAGCGAACGCGAAGGCCUUUGCUUUUAUUUUUGGAUGUGCUUUCCGUCUCGGCCCGUCGGUUUGUGUUGACCUCCACGCGCACGCACGCACGUACACACGCACGCACUCACACACUUGACAGAUGAUGAUGAUGAUAUGCAUUGUGAAAAGAAGUUCCCGUAUUUGUUAUUUGUAUGUAAAAAAAAAACAAGAAAAAAAGGAGUACCAAAAAUACGAAAGAAACAAAGAUGUAGAAUUAUUUCUUUAUGUUAUGCAGACUGAAUGGUUGUAAAAAAAUUAAUAAUAAUAAUCACUAGUGUAAGAUAUGACUUCUGGGUUUUUUGUUUGUUUGUUUUUGUUGGUGGUUUUUUGGUUUGGUCCAACUUACCCGAUUGCCCCCUUCACCCCCCCCCCCCUUGCCUUGUUUCAAAAUAAUAAAACUAGUUUAAUCUCUGUUGACACGUC